GCACGCGCGCCGAACCGACGAGUGGCGCACUAUUUGGCAGGCCCGUGAAAGCGGGGCGGUGGUCGUGGCCGGACACCCGCGGCCUUGUUGUACCCGGGCCGGAACCAGCGCGCGUUCCGUACAGGAAGCGACCACUUCGGGGCUCCGACCCACCGAGAAGGUGGGGGGCGAGCGAGAGCGAGCGAGUACCGACGCGGGGUGGAGAGCCAGGCGAGCAGCCUCCCCCCCAUCCCCGCACCCCCCACACCCGCCGCGGAGAGCAGAAGCACCUGAGGCGGCCAAAAGGUGGAAACGAGGCGGCGGUGACAAUGGCGAGCGGGCCGCACCGGCUCCGACCAUUCGCCAAACAGGCCUAGCUCAGCUCGGUUAGCUUCCCUAUCCCGGGCGGGAUAAACCAGACGGCGCUUAUGUUGGACCCGUUUUUACUCGAGCAUUUGGAGCUCGCUGAGCGCUUGCUGAUGGAGGCGACUCCAAUAAGCUGAGAGCCGAGCCAAGCCAAGUCGUCACCCCCAAAAUCAAGCUCGGUCACCCCCUGCCGAGCGUCACAAAGCAGAGGGAAGAUGGCAUUCUACCACAUGACCCCAUUGACUCGUCUCCAUCUUGCAGGACCCCAAAGGCGGGCAGGACCACGUUUUUCCCCCCAGGCGGUCUCCUCGCCAGCAUAAAUGAGAACUUGAUCUGUGGAUAAGCGUGGACUAUUCUGACCCCGGGACCGCUGGGCCGUGGCUGGCUUGGGAGAUGUUCCAGUUCAGCAAGUACCCCAUGGAGAUCCUGGAGAUGCUGAGCGGCCACCAGGCGCAUCAGUUCAAGGGUUUGGGCUUGGACCGUCAGCUGAGCCACCAGCAGCAGGUGCAGCUUCAGCAUCAGCAGCAGCUUCAGCAGCAGCACCAGGCGCCCGCAGACACGUCCGGUGGUCUGCUGUCCGGCCUCGGCCUGGGGAGCUUGCCCGCCUCCCGCGGCAACGCCUUUGCCGACUCUUCCUCCCUCUUCGCCAAGAUGAGCGCCCCUCCCACAUCCAUCUCGCACCAGAGUCACUCGUCAUCUUCGUCAACAUCCUCGUCGAGUCACAGCUCCAGGAAGUCAAGCAAGCUAAGCGGCGGGGGUGGCGGCUCCUCGUCGGGCUAUCCUCAGUUCCUGCGACCUUUCCAUCCGGCCGAAGCGGCGCUAGCACAGGAGCAGCUGCACUCGGGAAUGGGGCGCUUUGACUUUGGGGGCAGCGCCGCCACCGGCGGGGCCGGUGUCCUCCCGGCCCCACCGCCUCCACCUCUGCAUCCCGGUCUGUCGGUGCCGCAGCCCUCCUCCGGACCCUCGUCCUCCUCCUCAUCUACCUCCACGUCUGCCUCCGGCAACCCCCCCGGCGGCACGCCGGUGCCCCUCGUGGGGCACCAGUCGGACCCCCGCAGCCUCCACCAGCAGUUCAGCUGCAUGCUGGCAGCCAACCAAUACUUCCUUUCGGGAGUCCCCGCCAAUAGUGGCCUGGAGCAGUUCCUGGUCCAGCAGGGGACUCACAACCACUUGGGUCUGGGUCUUGGCCAGGGCUCCGCCGAGUCCAACUCGUCCUUGGCCCCCCCCCCUGCCCUGCACUCCUCCCACGGCCACUCGGCAUCGCAAGCUCCGCAGCAGCAGCAGCUGACUCCGCACGCCUUAUCUCACCCCCAUGGUCACACGCACCACCCCCACCCGCUGCACCCGGCCCCCCAGCCGGCACCCCUGGGUGGAUUUGAUUUUCAGAGCAUUCCCGUCCUGUCGUCCAAUCAGAUUGCUUCCCUCAUGCAGCAGGAGGCGGGCCUCCCCCUGCCCCUGCCCCUUCACUUGUCUCUCCCCAAAGACGACGGCACCAAAUCGGGGGAGGCCUCCUCUGGUGGCAGUGGCGGGAGCCGGCGGAAAAAAGCCAUGGCGGGAUACCUACCGCAAAGGAAGGCGGAGACUCACGCUCAUGGCAGUUCUGGCAGCCAUAGGCACAAUUCGUCAGCUUCGGGUCUGGCGGCAGGGGCUUCCGAAGACGUCGAAAUGAGCGAGCGGCAGCAAUCGUCUCUGCUCUCGUCGCCGUCACAACACCCGUCGUCUUCCGCCGUCUCCUCCUCCUCGUCAUCCUCGUCUGCCCCGUCCGCUUCUGCUUCCGUGCCGGAAGACGGCGACCGGCAAGGGCCCAAAUCCAGAGAAAAGCGCAGUCGGAGCGAAACGGGCCAAGCCGAAGCCGAAUCCCUCUACCACUGCGGAGAGUGCGGAAAAGCAUUCACGCAUCUCUCCAGCUUGCGGCGGCACCUACGCAGCCACGGCCUGACGCCUGACGCCCACGGCAGGAGGUCUAACCACACGUCGCCGAGCCCCGAGAGGAUCUUCUGCUGUGGUGACUGCGGGAAGAAAUUCAAGAAACGUGGGCACCUGAUCCAACACAGCGUCACGCACUCUGAGAACCGCCCCUUCAUCUGCAACAUUUGCCAAAAGUCCUUCAACCGGCGCGAGUCACUCACCCGCCACGAGAAGAUCCACGACGAGAAGCCCUUCCGCUGCCCGGCCUGCGGACGCUGCUUCCGCGAGAGCACCUCCCUCCUCAACCAUGCCGCCUCGGGUUCUUGCGGAAAACCUCCCCGGAGCUCCAAGAACCGCAGCACCGCCGUCAGCUCAUCCGGCAACACGGGCAGUGGUGGAAAAAUGCGUCAUUCGGAUCACAACGCCGUCGUUCUUGACGAUAAAUACGCUGGCGACUACUCGAGAAACCGCUACCCCGGCCAGGUGUCCUACGACGACGACUACAGACGUUCGCAGGCGUCGUCGCUCUACUCGCCGGACGCCACGCUCACCGGGGACAUGAGCAACCCGACCCUUCGGAAGGCCCCUUUAGCGCCGACCCUUCACCCGCACCCGCAGAGUCAGCAGCCGCCGCCGCCGCCGCACCACCACCACCAGCCGACACCGCACCUUCCUCUCUCCUCUCUGUUGGACGAUUCUGAGGAUGAGGUCACCAGCAGCGCCAUGUCGGCUAUUGCUGCCGCUGCCGCCGCCUCCUGCGACAUCAACACGGAAGGCAGGGACGGAGAAAGAAGGGACAUCAUCGGGGGGCUGCUGGGGGGCUUGGGGUUUGGUAACCUGGGCGGGCCGACGACCUCGCCGGGUAUCAACGGCUCCACCGUGCCCUUGUCGCACCACGGCCAGCCGCAAGCCAAGCCCCGGCGGCCCCGCAAGCCCAGAGAGAAGCGAGACCCCGACGGCCUCGUCAGGAGGCGACGUAGUCCGGCGCCGCCUGGCGAUGGCUCGGAGCGACCGUACGGCUGUCAGCUGUGCGGCAAGCGCUUCCGGCGGGCCGAGACGCUGCGUCGCCACAAUCGGGUCCACACGGGCGAGAAGCCGCACGCCUGCGACAUCUGUGGUAAAAUGUUCCGGGAACCUUUCCACCUCACCAAACAUCUGACUGUGCACUCGGGCCAGAAGAACUACAAGUGCAACCUGUGCGGGAAAAUGUUUGCCUAUGCCCAGAGCCUCGUCAGGCACGGCAAGCUGCACCGCAGAGGUGAGAUCGACAACCAGGGCAGAAGAAUCAAAGGAGCUGCCGCUGCUGCCGCCAUCGGCCAGGUGGCCAACCCGGGAACCUCAGACUUCUUCUCGUCUUGCCCGCAAGAGGACAAGUCUCCCACGUCCGGGACUCCUUCGCAGAGGCUCUACACCUGCACCGUGUGCUGGAAAUCCUUCCGCCAUUAUUUCCACCUGACGGCGCACCAGCAGACGGUACACGGCGGUGGCGCGGGCCUGGAGAAGUCCUUCCGCUGCCAGGUUUGCGGCAAGUCUUUUGCCUACUCCAACAGCCUGGUGCGCCACAAGCUCUCGCAGCACGGCAUCGACCGCAACGGCCAGCGGGUGGAGCAGUUGCACACGCCCGGCUACUCGCCCGCCUUCUACGACGCAGGCUAUGGCGGCUCGGCUCAUGCGCAACACCUAAGCGGCUCCGCCCCCCCGCCGCCGCCUGCGCUGGAGCAAGUGUCCCAGCAGCCGUUUCACUAUCGCCCCAGAAAACAGCUGGACGCGAGCGGAAAAGUGCGCAAGAAGAAGAAACGGGUGGUGAUCCACAGCAUCAUGCGGGACGGCAAGUUGGUGGGCGUGCCGCUCAGCAGGGAAACGCGCAGGAAGCUGUUACUCCUGAGGAAGAGGCGGGGCCGAAUGCUGGCCCAAAUUAACAAGAAGAAGCUCCUGGCGCAGCUGAGGGUACGCGGCGGACUGUUGGCAGUCAAGUCCUGGUCCGGGGGUGCAGUCAAAGUCAGUGGGCUGCUGUCCAUGGAUGUGGCCAUCAAGCGCUUCCCAUGCCCCAUCUGCCCCGGUGCCACCUAUACCCGUAGGGGCUUCCUGCUGCUGCACCGCGCCCUGCGGCACCCGCCGGCGAUGUCGGGGCGCGGCGCCCGCCUGCGCUGCCUUGUGUGCACCCGGCGCAGUGGCAGUCUCCUCAAGGCCCUCCGCCACCGCGGGCGCCACCUCCAGCACGCCACCUUCCGCUGCCACAAAUGUCGACGCCGCUUCUGGAACCAGCGGCUCUUGGAACGACACAAGUUGUCGUGCCGCCGGACGCCCGCUUUGGGGGCCCGCCGGGCUGACAGCAAGGCGGUGGGCUCUCCCUUGUCCUCCGGCGACCACUCGCCGGCCCGGACGCCCCUGUCGCCGGCUCAGGUCCCGCAGGAGAGGUCCUCGGUUUUGACCGAGUAUGCUCACUAAGAAAUUCACUCAUCUGUAACUUAGCUUAGUUCCCCCCCCCCGCGUCCGUUUCUUUUUGCAACGAGCUGGUGAUUUUUUAUCAAAAGGGACGAGAAAUCUGAGGAAGGGGCUCCGCAUGCCUCCGCAACCUUCUGCCAAGACACACGAGCACCUUGUCACGCUCCACCUGCAACCUUCACACAUGGAGACAAGACGUGCACGCGCCUGCACACACACACACACACACACACACACAUACACACACACACAGACACGCAUGCGCACACACACAUGCACACACAAUCCACUCACAGUCAAGCAGAAUACCAAUGCGCACUCACUGGCUGUCUCUGUUCCAUGCAAACACUAUUUUGUUUUAUGCACAUUUGUUUGUUUGUUUGUUUGUUUUUUACGGCCAUGUGCCGCUGUCGUCAUGAAAUCCUCCCAACUUUCCAGCACAGUUCAGAUGCCUUAUUAUUGUUUGUUGAGAAAAUGAAAACAUAGGCGGCGUGACUGAAACGUUUUGGUCAACACACCAGUACAAAAGCAAAAGGUGGACUUUCUACCAGAAAAGCGUUUGUGUAGACAUAAUCCGGAGUGUAUUGAUGAAAUAAUUCCCGAUUCUAUUUUAUUAUAUCUUGACAACUUGCUGUUUUUUACUCCCCAGUUAUCCUCUUCUAUCAGUGUCUGUAUUGUGAGGGUGGGGCAACAGGGUUGAGGUCGGGGGACAGGGCGAAACGGGUUGGGGGGGUGGGGUUCAUUCUGCAUACACGUGUUUAUUCUUUUCCUUCCUUCCGUGCAACAAUUUUUGUAACUCGAGCGUGCACGCAUAGUUUAUAAUAUAGAUCAUGUUCACAAUGUUCAACUUUGCAUAUUUUUUUGUUUCAUUUUAUUUCUGUACAACUAAAAUGUGUAAUAUUAUUGUUGUUACUAAAUGACUAUUCUUUUCUUUGCAUAAAAAGUGACUUGUUGAAAAUCCCUCAAAUUAAAAAAAUAUUUAAAACUUGGGAA